GAGGGUCUUUGGGCAGUAUUAAGUGUAAGUAUUGAUAAACGCAAGACGAAAAUAUGAAGCAGUGAAUUUAUACUUCAUGUUUCUGUUUUCCUUUCUAGGUACGACACAUCAUGAGCCUUCCAACAAAAAAAGUGAUACCUAAUGUCAGAAAUGGGACUGAGGAUUCACAAGCAACAGAAGAACUUGGUGAACAGGUCUAUUACGCAAUUGCCAGCGUGUAUGUUGUCCUCGCUAUAAUAGCAUUCAUUUUUAAUACUCUUGUGCUUUUUGUAUUCACGAAGGACAGCUCCCUUCGCUCGGACUCAAACAUUCUUAUUCUUAGCAUAGCUAUUGGCGACUGGAUACAAGCAGUGGUAGCAUAUCCGUUGGGAGUUAUUGGCAUUUUAUCAAAAAGUUGGCAAACUACUGGAACGACCUGUUCGUGUUACGGCUUCAUUGUGGCGUUUUUAUCAUUUGGCACAAUGCUACACCAUGCCACUUUCGCCAUCGAGCGCGCCAUUGUAAUUAAGUUUUCUUUCUCAUUUUCCAUUUUCAACAAGUUAAAAUACAUCAUUGUUGGACUUUGGUUGUUUGCGCUAAUCUGGAGCAGCUUGCCUCUGAUUGGCUGGUCAGGGUAUGCCCCUGAGGGAGGACGCUCGGUUUGCUCGAUUGAUUGGCAAAGUUCUGAUCCAAGUGCUGUUGCUUACAUUUGGUGCAUCUUCGUUCUUUUCUUCUUAGCUCCUUUUAUUACCAUGGUUGCCUCAUACUGCUCUAUCUACCGCAACGUGAAAAGAAUGACUCAAAAUGCGCAUAAUAUUUGGGGAGAGUGCGCUGCUCCAACUCUAGAAAUUAUUUUAGCAGAAUCAAGAACCGCUCGAAUGGCAUGCAUUAUGUCAUUUUGUUUCUUAUUCGCAUGGACACCGUAUGCCGCUGUAUCGCUUUAUGCCAUCAUACGAGCACCGGAGCCUGCUAUAUCUCCCUUGGUGGCCACCUUACCUGCUCUUUUUGCUAAAACAGCCCCGUGUUACAACCCACUUAUUUACUUCUUACUGUUUAAGAAAUUCCGCUCCAGUCUUAGAAGUUCAUUACCACUAUGCAAGCGGUUUUUGAGGAAAGACUCAAGUGGGGGCAAAGUUGGGGCCAUCUCAUCUAUAACAGCUUUUGAUGACAAAGAGAACAUCAGCAGGCCUGGGAAGGUUUUAUCAAGAAGGAUUCAAUUUGUGGCCACCGUCUAA